UCUCUCUGCGUAAACUCCCCCACCCACCUCUGUCCCUCCCCCAUCUGCAUCUUCACCCUUCCCCUGUCCCUUCUGUUUCCCUCUCUUUCCGUCCUCUCAUUGUCCAGCUCCAUCCCUCGCUCCCUCCCUGUCUCCAUCCCUUCUGUCCCCCGCAACUUCCCACCCGGUCCUGCCUCCUCCUCCUCCGUCCCCCACCUCCAUUUCACCCCCCUCUCUCCGCCGUCCCCGGCGUCCGCUCCGUUCCACCUUCUCUCCCUCCCUCUCCCCUUUGUGUGGCUCCGGUCUUCCCCUCUCCCCGCGUCCCCCCACCCUCCCUUCGGCUCUUCUCCCUUCCCUGACCCACUCCCCUCUCUCUGCGUCUCCUCCCCGGGAGCCCUGCCCGACCCCCUCAGCGUCCUCCCCUCCCUGCAUCCCCCUUCCCCCUUCCCGAGUCACGAUGCUGUCCCCUCUCGUGGCUGGAGGCGUUGUGUUUCCCGGACUCUUCCUCCUCUCCAAGAACACGCUCCGGCGACUGCCCCAGCUGCGCUGGGAAGAGGCCGAUGCGGUCAUUGUCUCAGCCAGGUUGGUGUCUUCGGUUCAGGCCAUCAUGGCCUCCACGGCCGGCUACAUCGUCUCCUCAUCCUGCAAACACAUCAUCGAUGACCAACACUGGCUGACCUCCGCCUACACACAGUUCGCGGUGCCCUAUUUCAUCUACGACAUCUACGCCAUGUUCCUCUGCCACUGGCACAAACAUCAGGUCAAAGGGCACGGCAGGGAUGAUGGGGGAACCCGCCCCCCGGGAAGUACGUGGGCUGUGGCCCUCGGCUACCUGCACAAGGAAUUCCUCAUGGUGUUGCACCACGCGGUUAUGGUGCUGGUCUGCUUCCCUCUGUCUGUGGUGUGGCGGCAGGGUAAAGGCGACUUCUUCUUGGGCUGUAUGCUGAUGGCUGAAGUCAGCACACCCUUCGUCUGCCUGGGCAAGAUCCUCAUCCAGUACAAGCAGCAGCACACGCUGCUGCACAAGGUGAACGGGACACUGAUGCUGCUGAGCUUCCUCUGCUGCCGCGUGCUGCUCUUCCCUUACUUGUACUGGGCCUACGGGCAGCACGCAGGACUGCCGCUGCUGGCCGUGCCCCUGGCCAUCCCCGCCCACGUCAACCUGGGUGCCGCCCUGCUCCUGGCCCCGCAGCUCUACUGGUUCUUCCUCAUCUGCCGUGGGGCCUGCCGCCUCUUCAGGCCCCGUGGGGCCGCGCCUCCGUCCCCUCGGCCUCCGCCGGGACUGCACAACGGGCCCCGGGACUGAGGGGCGGGACGGGGGAGCGGGGGGCCUGACCCCGGGACUGACGGGCGGGGAUGGGCACCUCUCUCCCGAUCGGCCGAAGGGUGGACGAAGGAGGAGGAGGACGGC